CCAGUUGAGUGAAAAUGUAUCUUCUACAUGGACCAGUAAUUUGUUAACAUCCGUGGAUAGAGAUAUUAUUAUAAUACGAUAUUCACGUCGUUAGUAUAUACCUGGACAAAAAUCAACUAAAAUCGGAAACAGUUUUAGACGUUAUUCGUUUGGGAGAAUUUUAAGGAUUUCUAGCAUGUCAAUAUAAGUUUUAUUUUGUCGAUACUAGUCCUAAUGCAGGCCUGUUCUUUAUCUUUAUUUUCAAAUACGGUCGAGAUAGAUUAUAAUGUGAGCGUAGUAUUUUGAUAAUUGUCUGGACAUGCUAAAAUGAGUAAUAAUACUGUGACCGGGAGGACCAUGGUCCCAACUAUACCUUCCAUCAUGUUUAUCUUCGGAGUAGUGGGGAAUGUCGUCGCUGUAGUGGUACUCUGCAAAUCCAGGAAAGAGCAAAAGGAGACCACGUUCUACACGCUUGUUUGCGGUCUGGCGAUUACGGACCUUUUGGGGACCCUCCUAGCCAGUCCCGUCACCAUCGCCACUUAUGUCAAAGGAUCGUGGCCAGGCGGGGACCCACUGUGCCAGUAUUUCGGAUUUAUUCUCCUCUUCUUCUCACUUUCGGGGCUCAGCAUCAUAUGCGCGAUGUCGGUAGAGAGAUACUUGGCGAUAAACCAUGCGUAUUUCUACAAUGACUACGUGGAUCAGAGGCUGGCGGGCUGGACGCUUCUGGGUAUUUACAUCUCCAACGCACUUUUUUGUGCUCUACCUAGUAUGGGUCUAGGACAAGUAAAAAAGCAGUACCCACAAACCUGGUGCUUCAUAGAGUGGCGGAGCAACGUCAGUACUGAUGCCGCCUUUUCGUACAUGUAUGCCGGCUUCAGUUCGAUUCUAAUUCUGGCCACAGUGAUUUGUAACGUUCUGGUAUGCGGGGCUUUGAUCCGGAUGCACAGACGGUUUAUUCGGAGGAUGUCGUUUGGGACUGACCCAGAGAGAAACGCAGACCCGAGAAGAAUACUCAGCUUCGGCCAUCUCGCCGGCGCGGAGAUCCAGAUGGUAAUUGUCCUAAUCUGCACCUCAGGGGUGGUGCUGAUCUGCUCCAUUCCACUUGUUGUGCAGGUGUUUCUGAACCAGCUGUAUAAGACCCCAGUGGAGCUGAGACUCGAAAAGAACCCAGAUCUUAGAUCAAUACGCUUCGCCUCCUUCAACCCCAUCCUGGACCCGUGGAUUUACAUCCUUCUGCGCAAAACUGUGCUUCUCAAGAUCAUUGAGCAGAUCAAGUGUUUGUUUUGUAAGAUAGGAGCACGGAGGCAGCAGAGAGAAGGAGGGCAGAACUGCCACUGCAUGGAUGGAAACCAGCUCCCCUCAAUCAUCUCCUCUCGGGAGUCACCCUCCCUAGUGUCUCGGGAGCUGAGGAGUGAGGUGUCCAGCACCUCUCAGACAUUCCUCUACCUGCCUGAAGGAUGUGAGCCAUACAAAGGUAGCUGUCAUCACACUGGAGAGCAGAUUGAGUUCCCCAUUUCCUCUGUCCAAGAACCUCGAAGUUCCUGUUCUUCAGAGCAGAGUUGUGCAGAGGACAGGAGCAGUGAGGGUACAAAUGUAACAAGGGGCAUUUCUGGUGUAGUAGAAAAGACCACAAAGUCAUGUGUGAAAGACCAAGUGCUUCAUGUGUCGAUAAGAAACGAGACAGUACAAGAAAAAUGUAUAUAAGACUUGUUUGCUUGGAUUCCGGCCUUAUUCACAGCUUCUAAAGUUCUCAGUUCUCAAAUCAUUGUGGGAGUUCUGGGAUUCAGAUGAAUGCCAAGCUUAAAUUAAUGGGAUUGCCCAAGAUGCCUUCUCUGAGCUGGGCAGCUUCAGGACUUGUUUGGUUGUGUUGAGAGUAGUGUCGAGAGUAGAUUGAAACAACAUUUGUUGUCACAUGUGGCCGGCAAAUCCCAGAGGGUGACUUCCAGAGAGUUGCAAUCAAUAUACCUUUAGAUUCUGGGACUCACUUUUGACUUGAAUGAUGCGAUUCAUGUUUCCCUUUUAACUCAUAAAACAAGCAUCAAAUCUAAAUGUACAAAUCCAUCCUGUCAUUGUACAAACUAUAAACCCCAGUAGCAGUUAAACAGGUGGAAUUUAAUAUUUGAUAUGUGUCAAGUCUCAAAAUCAGAUGGUAACCAAUGCAGCUGUCACGUUAGGUAAGCCUACCCAUUUUUCUGCAUGUAACUGAACAAACUCAAAAUGCCAUGGUCCCUUAUGGCAUUGCUUAAAUCACUCCUGGAAGGUUUAUUAAAUUCGGCCUUGCAGUCGCAAUUGCUUUCACUGCCUCAGCUUUGGGACAACGUACGUGUGGGAAAAUGUGCAAGAAGCUAUUCGGAAGAGAGGCACAGAGAGGAAGAAUGACAAACAUCGCACAAACUGGGAGGAGUGCACAGCAACAAUGUCAACUGUGGACGUGUCAUACGUCGACCAGAGACAUCAAUGUUUGUUUAUUUUUCCAGUCUUCUUUCCAGGUCAGGAAGCAAGGCUGUUUAGUUCAGGGCAUCUUCUCCAGUAUACUGCUUCUUUGAUGAAACUAUUGAGUUUUUACAGCCCACAUCACCAUAAAGCUAACAUGACUGUAAAAUACAGAAGAGGUGUUAGGAUUCAUAGAAAGGAAUGUUGCAUGAGGACUGUCACUGUGCGUAACGACUGCCUGAGUAAAUCAGUUCUUACGAAGCACAUUAGUUCAUGGAAGCUUUGCAUCACUUGAUUGGUUUGCAUCACAGUAGCAACACAAUAGCCUUAGAGAGUUCAUUUGUAGCACAUCGUUGUGUGUAAUAAAAACAAAAUGCUUUUAUUCCAGAUGAGACGUAUGCCAAAUUUCUCUUAAUUAGAAUGUAUUUUAGAAUGCCUUUGUUGUGGAAUGGUUGUGCCAACAAGCAGGGCAGCUUGUCAAACUCACAAAACAAAAGAUUUGUAGGACUCUGUUAAUUUUUGAUUUUAAUGUUCACUUAAGUAUCAGAUCAUCAGUGAUUCACCACAUUGUUGUCAUUGUCAUAUUUAUUUGACAUAUAUAAUUUCUUCUUUGUGAGAAGGUGCAAGUUAUAAACCAAUGCCAAUA